UUGAACGAGCGUGCACGUGUAUCGCUAAAGACCUUAUUUCUCUACUGUAGUGCUCGCCGCAGUGACACACGCAGACAGCUACCCGACCACGCCAGGAUGCUGUCGGCCGUGCUGUGGCUCGCGCUGGCGUCUCCGUGCUUCUCGGCAUCCUUGACGCAGCGACAGUUCCGGCAGUUCGGUGGAGUCCCGCAGCUGCAGGGAUCCAUCAACAAUGGCUAUUUGCCGCCUCGGCCUACGUCUGGCCCAGGAACAUGUCAGCAGUCAACUGCGUUUGUCACGUCCACCCAGUAUUCCAACCAAGUGGUGACCAGCACCAUCUACAGCAACGGAGGUGGUCAGAUCAUCACACAAACAGUUUUCAGUACACAAUUCAUACCAACAACAUUCUUCUCUAACCUUAUAUCAACAAUCGUUGUCAACAGUGGCCAAAUUCAGACCCAGUUUAUAACUAUAACGAUCACUAAUACUCGCACACAGUUUGUUACUCAACCAGGUGGAAUUUCAUUCGUGACGAGUACUCAGUUUGUUGAUGUGCCUCAGAUCGAUUUGCAAACACGAUUUAUUACGCGUACCGUUCAAAUUCCUUCAACGGGAGUCACAACAGUGUUCUCAACGACAGUCAUCCCACAACAAGUUGUGAGCACUAUUUUUAAUUCCCAAUUCGUUACCAGAACUAUGAUUAUACCUGGUCAAACACGAACUGUCGUCAGCACAUUGUUCAGUACUAUUUUCUCAACUGUCAGCAUUCCUGGACAGACGAUUUUUCAAACACAAACUAUUUUCAGCACAAACUUCAUUCCUCAAACGAUUACGCUUCCCGGAGCCACUCGAACUGUUGUGUCAACAGUAAUACAACCUGUAUUCACUACAAUCUUCUCCACAGUUUUCUCUGGAAACAUUCAAACCAGCUUCGUUACUAGCACGCAGUACGACAAUAGAGUCAUUACAUCUACAAUUGUUACCCAGGUGAACAAUUUCAACACGCGAACUGUUACGGUUCCUCAAGUGAGCACAUCAGUUGUCAUCCAAAACCAAGUGACGACAUCCACUGGCUUCACCCAGGUUGUCAUACCAACUUUCGUGACGGUAAGCGGAGGGAACGGAGUUGUAACUGUAACUCGGACUGUCGUGUCAACUCAAGUGAUCCCAGGCAGUGGACAGACCGUAUUUGUUACAAGGACCGUCUUUUCGACUUCUUUCAUCACCUCCACUGUAUUCAACACCAAUGUGCAGACUACAGUGAUCACCAUCACCCAGCCCUGCAGUGGUGGGGGCACCAGUACAGGUGGAUACAACUAUACCCCUCCUCGCGUAGCGUUCAACCCCUUCAAUUGAAAGUCUCGUGUCCGCUGUGCACGAUAAUUUCAUCUUUUUAUUACUAAGAACAGAUAACAGAGUAAUGACUCUAAUCAUCAGUACACUGAUGAAUUGUAAAUAAAGUUUGAUGUUCUGUAGCUAUUAUAAUAUUAGUUAUUUAAACAAUGUCAUUUAUCAGAACACAAAGCGCCGAAUUGUAUUUGAAAUGUAAUUUGUUUAUUCAUGGCGCUAUGAAUUCAUUCUUCAUGUACGCUCGAAUAGCCACACUAGAAAAAAUUUUAGCAUUCUGGGUAAAAAUUGUUACGAUUUUGGAUCAUAAUUAUUUUGCACGCCUGUAAUACUUCUUGGUGGCCUGUGUACGGUGAAUACUUGUGUCUGAUGUCCAUCGAUUGCAUCAAUGGAUACUUCAUGAUGAUUGCUUACGUAUUGAUGUGAAUAACAGAUAACCACGCAUUCAUGUACGUUACAGCCUGGUGCAUUCGGUUAGAGCGAAACAUGUAAUUUAUCUUACUCUCCAGCAUCGUGAGUGUUGCGCACACCGCUGCCAUGGAUGCAACGAGAACCUAGGCUUCAUUAUGUACGGAUCGUGUUGUCAUUAAAAUAGUUAUCUAAU